AUGGCGGCGCAUCCGGCCAAGAAGGCCAAGAUGGAGAACGGCUCAUCAGGCAUCGGCCCAAUGGUGACGGGAGGCACAGUUUCCUGGGACCGUGGUGGCGAACCCUUCUUCUCCAUGGGCGCAGGUACACUGCGCGUGCCAAUGGCCAUGCAUGCCACCCACCGAGAGAAGCUCUGUGAGGUGCUGCGCAAGAGGCCCGAGGUUGGCGCGGGGGCCGUGAUCUUGCUCCAGGGUGGUAAGGAGGCCAGCGUCUACGACACGGACACGAACUGGGACUUCAAGCAGGAAAGCAACUUCCAGUACCUCUUUGGGGUCAAGGAGCCGGACUGCUACGCAGCUCUGAGGGUCCAUGAUGCACGUGCAGUGCUGUUCGUCCCAAGGAUGGAGAAGAUGUACCAGGCCUGGUGCGGCCCAAUCAAGCCACCGGCAUGGUUCCAAAAGGCCUACGGCGUCCACGAGGCUGCUCACACCGAUGAGAUCGUGCAGACGCUUCGGGAGUUGGGCGCCAAGGAGCUUCUCUGCGUCCGCGGCUCUCCCAACAGAGAUUCAGGUCUUCAGUUGGAGGAGCCCAAUUUCGACGGCAAGGAUCAGUUUGGCUUCAACCAGAGAGGCAGCGGCGCCUUGUGGGAUGAGCUCAAUGAAAUCCGCUCGGUGAAAGACGAAGAGGAGCUGAAGAUUCUCCAGUGGGUCAACGAUGUCUCGGCGGAGGCGCAUCUGGAGACCAUGCGUGCGGUGCAGGGCGGGCAGCGGGAGCACCUCGCGGAGGCAACCUUCAAGUACAAGGCGGCCCUGCGCGGCUGCUUCCGCGUGGGCUACAGCUGCAUCUGUGGCUCUGGACGGCGCAAUGCCAUCCUGCACUACGGCCAUGCUGCUGAGCCGAACUCCGAGCUCGUGCAGGCUGGCUCCUUGCGGCUGCUGGACAUGGGCGCAGAGUACCAUGGGUACAGUGCAGACGUGACCUGCAGCUUCCCUGUGAGUGGCAGGUUCAGCCGUCCACAGCGGAUCGUCUACGAGGCCGUCUGGGACGCCGUUUUGGCCGUCGAGCGGGUGCUGCAGCCUGGCGUGUGCUACAAGGACAUGCACCGGCUGGCGCAGCGAACGCUGCUGGAGCGCAUGACAUCGGCCGGGCUUUUUGUCGGGAGUGUGGAGGACAUGAUGGCAGCAGGUCUCAUGUUCCACUUCAUGCCGCACGGUCUCGGCCACCAGCUGGGACUGGAUGUCCACGACGUGGGUGGCUACCCUCCUGGGGAGUUUCGGAAGGACGAUCCCAGCGUCCAGGAGAACCUGAGGUUGGGUCGGAAGGUGAAGGAGAACAUGGUGCUUACAGUGGAGCCUGGCUUCUACUUCAUUGACUACCUGAUUGAGGAGGCCCUGGCAGACACCAAGAAGGGCGGCUUCAUCAACCAGGAGGUUCUUCACGAGUUCUGGGCUGACGUGGGUGGCGUUCGAAUAGAGGACGACGUAGUGAUCACCAGCAACGGCUGCCGCGUUCUUACCUGUGUUCCCCGAACCGUGGAGGAGAUCGAGGCAGUGAUGGCGGGCGGAGCUUGGCAGGUGAGUGCUGCCUGCUGUCGCUCCUACACCGCCGGCUCCAAGAUGUGA